AUGGAGGCAACAAAUAGUGAUAAUUCAUUGUCUGUCAUCCAAAAUGUCGAGAGUAUUAUAGAGGAAAUAGAAGUUACAAAUCCAAAUGUCAACCAAAAUAUAGAAGUUACACCAACUACAGACGAUAUUAAAAAUGACAGUCUGUCAGAGGAUAAAGUUGUUUUAGAGAAUGAAUCAACAAAUAUUAUAGAGAUGAAGGAAGAGAAUAAAGAAGUUGAAACUAUUUCAACUGAAGAACCUCCAAUGGCAGAUGUUUCAAAUGUUCAAGCUAUCGAUCUUGAGGUUAAAUCAGAGAUGACUAAUGUUAUGGUAUUGAAACAAGAGAUUAGAGAAGAAGAUCACAGCAUAAGUGUCAAUGUUACGGAGGAAGUUAAAUCUACAGAGAUCGAAAUGACAGAUAACAAUAUUGUUAAAGAAGAAGUCAAAUAUGAAGAGAAAGAAAAAGAAGAUGAAAGUAGUGACAGUGAAUCUAGUAGCGAAAGUAGCAGUAGUAGCAGUAGUAGUGAAAGUGAAAGUGAAAGUGAAUCUAGUGACGAUAAUCUUGAUGAUAUCAUAGUUAAUAAGAAUGUCAACAAUAAUAAUAACAACAAUAACAAUAGAAAUAAUAAUAAUAAUAAUAAUAAUAAGAGAAAGGUCAAUGAUGAUGGAGAAGAUGAUUUCGAUUCAAAGAUAUACAAACCAAAGAUGCCAGAAGAGAAACCAUUAGAGUUGACACUACCACCAAACACUUCUAUCAAUGUUCUUGGUACACUAUCUAGUUUGGUCGAUGAUAUGAUCGUUAUUAAAUCUUUUCCUUCAAGUUCAAGUGCCAAACCAAUGGAUAGACCUGCCUUGGAUAUCGACUCAAUUGUUUGUUUGGAAGAUCGCACUCCCAUUGGACGUAUCUACGAGGUAUUUGGUCAAAUCUCAGAUCCAUACUAUUCCGUCAGAGUACCAUCCAAUAUAUCAAUUGUCAUUCCAUCUAAACAACCAAAGCAAGCAAUCCCAACAGCCGAGACCGACAUUGCCAAAGCAGAACCACAAGAAGAUUUAACAAUCAACCAAACACAAACACAAACACAGGUAGAAACAGUAACAAAUGGAGAGGUAUCAACUACAUCAAAUACAACAACAACAACAACAACAACAACAAAAUCAGUACCAACAACAAAUCAAACACAAGAAAAAAAGAUAAUUGAAAUAGAAUUAAAGACACCUAUUUAUUAUGUUAAUGUACCGGAUCUCUCAAAGUUUGUAGUGCCAUCAGCAAUCUACACAAAAGGAUUCGAUGCCUCGAAUGAGAAUGACGACGAGUUGGAGGAGAAUGAAAUGGAUUUUAGUGACGAUGAAAAGGAAAGAGAAUUUAAGAAUAGAAAGAAGAGAAAGAAUACCAAGAGCAAACCACAAAAAUCAGAUUUAGAAUUUAUACAAGAGUCAUUUGAAUAUAAUCCGCUUCCAAGAAAUGGUGUACCUGCUCAGCAACCACCAAGAGGACAACAAAACCAAAGAGGAAGACCUUCAUUCAUGAAACAACAACCAAGACAUAAUAAUAACAAUAAUAAUAAUAAUCAUCAUCAACAACAGCAACAACAACAAAUCCCACAAAAUCAACAAACAUCUUAUUUUAAACAAUUAAAAGAUCUCCAAAAUAUUAAUAAUCAACAACAACAACAACAACAGCAACAACCACUGCAACAAAUACAACAACAGCAACAACCACUGCAACAGCAACAACCAAUGAAUUUCCAACCAAUUGAAUCUAUUCAACAAAAUGGAUUCCAAUUACCACAACCACAAUCCUAUUCAUUACCACCAGGAUCACAAUGA